AUGCGCUACUAUGCUACCAUAAUGGCUGCUUAUGAGAUAACGGGCAAUAUACAGAAGAGGUUCAUAGAGAAUGCGGUACUUCUCCACCUGCUUGAUCCGGUACGCGGCAGCCCCACCGCCAACAGUCUCGAUCGCAAUGCCGACCCAGGUGAAUCCCGUGAAAGUGUCCUGAAGCGAAAAUUUCUCGAUUCUUUGGCCCUCGUGGCUUCAACGCACAAGAAUGGAGACAAAGUAUCAGCCGCAACCUUGGAGGAAGGCGCUCCCGACGGAACAGUAGUCCGCGUUGCUAGCAAUGCUGGUGUAUGUGACUCGACGCUGUUUCGUCUUCAAGACUUGAUGUCAGACCUUAACGAGAUAGCCGCUACAGCGGAGCUCCUGAAAGUUCGGUCGAAAAUUGCGGAUACCGAAAGAGUUCUCUCGCGACUAGCCUUGGGUUUCGAGCCCGAUGAAGUCCAGCAAUUUUCUUCAUGGAUAAGCAGCUUCAAAGCAAUCGCAGCUGUCAUAUCUGCAGAUGCAUCCCCUUCGCAGCUAUUGCCUCACGUCAUAUGGGCGGAGAAAGCCAAAUGGGAGUACUCGAAAUAUCUCGAUGUGGCGUUCUCUGCUCAAGGUUCUCAGCCGCCACGCUUUAUAUACAGUCUAUACAAGCUUGGGAGGUACGCAGUUGCAUCAAGGGCUUUAUGCCAACUUGCAUCGGAAUUUCCCGCACUGUUCUGUCCGAUGCGGAUAGAGACCGUCCGCCCCUUCCCGAAGGUCCGCUUCUCGCUACCAAAUACCGAGCGGCCAUUGAGUCGAGUUCUCCGCAGAGUAAUUGGAGAACACGAACAGGAAUUCGCAACGAGGAUGGCUUCUGUGUGGAACGUUGGCGACCCCGAAGCACGCUUCAGGAAGGCCUGUACUCUGCACCUUGCUGUGCACGCCGAGAUGCAGCUCGUCAACUUUUACGAUCAACAUCCGAAUGUUGCCCCUUUGUUUCGGUUCAUAGGGGCGUGA